AUGCUGUGGGACCCGUCCGUCCUCGACUCGGAGGAGGGCAUCCGCUUCUGGGGCCGCUCGAUCCCCGAGUGCCAGGAGGUGCUCCCGACCGCCCCGGGCGGCUCCGAGAUGCUCCCCGAGGCCAUGUUCUGGUACCUCCUCACCGGCCGCGUCCCGUCCGAGGCCGAGAGCAAGCAGUUCCAGGAGGAGCUCGUCGAGCGCUCCGAGCUCCCGACUUACGUCGAGAAGGUCCUUGACUCGCUCCCCAAGACGCUCCACCCGAUGACCCAGUUCGUCAUCGGUUUCGCGUCCCAGUACACGGCCGGCAUGAAGAAGGCCGACUACUGGGUCCCGGCCCUCGAGGACUCCCUCGACUGCGUCGCCAAGUCGUUCACCAUCGCUGCCCGCAUCUACAACAACAAGUACCGCAACGGCGCCUCGGACAUGCCCGCGAUCGACAAGUCGAAGGACCUGUCGUACAACUUUGCGAACCAGAUCGGGUUCGGCGAGUCCGAGGGCUUCGUCGAGCUCAUCCGCCUGUACAACGCGCUCCACACGGACCACGAGGGCGGCAACGUCUCGGCGCACACGGCCCACCUCGUCGGCUCGGCCCUGUCGGACCCGUUCCUGUCGUACUCGGCCGCGCUCGGCGGCCUCGCCGGCCCGCUCCACGGCCUCGCCAACCAGGAGGUGCUGCGCUUCAUCAUCGGCAUGCAGAAGGAGCUCGGCGACCACGCGUCCGAGGACAAGAUUGUCGAGUUCAUCUGGAAGACGCUCAACUCGGGCCAGGUCAUCCCCGGUUACGGCCACGCCGUCCUGCGCAAGCCCGACCCGCGCUUCAUGGCGCUUCAGCAGUUUGGCGUCAAGCGCAAGGAGGUCGCUCAGGACCCCAUCUUCAAGUACGUCGACCAGCUCUACAAGGUCGCCCCGGGCGUCCUCACCGAGCACGGCAAGACCAAGAACCCGUUCCCUAACGUCGACGCCGCUUCGGGCUCGCUCCUGUACCACUACGGCCUCAAGCACUUCGAGUUCUACACCGUCACCUUCGGUACCUCGCGCUCCAUGGGCGCUCUGGCCCAGUACGUCCACGACCGUAUCCUCGGCCUCCCCAUCGAGCGCCCCAAGUCGCUGUCGAUGGAGGCGCUCAAGAAGCUCGUCGUGUAA